CUCCCCGUCACCACGCCGUUGUCACUACCAAUGUAUCGCUAAAGCCGUCGGUCGACAGAGGCAAACAUAGAUCCGAUUCCCAAUGCAGAACUGCUCCCAGGGAUCCCGCGACGACUUCUCAAUCCGGCUCGCCACUCCACCGCAACGCGCCUUGACUGCCUAGGCAUUCGGAAUUAGCAGCCUUAUUCCAAGGUUGCCUUAGGGUUUGCUCCGCCAGUUCCCACGUCGUCGGGAUAACGGCAGGCCCCCGGACAGGGCCAAGACCAAGGCGGACCGGAGUCGUCACUCCUGAGGGCACUUGAGUCGUCACAGUGUGACUGGCUCUCGCCGCAGCGGCGCCCGAGGUCUAGCGAGGCCCCGCAGCCGACCAGGACGCUGCUGCCGCCGCAGCAGCCCGCCCGGGGCAUGGAGAAGAACCCAAAGGCGUGCGAGCCCUGCCGCCGGAGGAAGGUCCGGUGCAACGGCCAGACGCCCUGCAACAGGUGUGACCGGAAGCCCGCCGACUGCGUGUACCGGCUGCGCACGCGGAUCCGGAAGAGUGCCGCGCAGAGGGCUGCUGCUGCUGCAGAGGCGGCUGCUGCUGCUGCGGCGGCGGCGGCGGAUGCUACCUCGCCGAAGAACGUGGUCAAGGCUCCUCCUCCUCCGACACCCGGCUCCGACGGGCGCUCGGUUGUCGUUGCUACUGGUGCGAACGGCAGCGAGCAGCCGACGCCGCUCCCGGUCUCGGCGGGCCAUGAGUCGCCGUCUGGUUUCCGCAGGGACGUGCCUGAGGCCGGUGAGGGCCCAAAGUCGGACUCGGCCAUCUAUCAGAGCAUCGCUGCCGUGCCUCAGAGGAGCGAUGUCGAACCGGUCCAAGGGGGUACUGCCCGGCUUUUCUACGGGCCGGCUUCUCAAUUUGCAUUUUUACAACAAGUACACCGGGGCAUCCUGUCGUCAACAGGUCCGCAUGGCCAACAAGACCGUGAAGUCCAGGAAGGCGGCGCCGGUCUAGAUCUCUUCCUUCAGCGCAGCUUCUUCUUUGGCACAGCACAGAGAUUCGAUGCCACGCGGUUUCACCGACCUGCGAGUAGUCUGUUCAGCGAAUUAACCUUGGCCCAGGCAAGAGUGUUCCUGGAGAGGUUCAAGGCAUGGCAUGCAUACAUACUCCCAUUCUUUACCAAUGCAGAACUGGACAAGAUGCUUCACCAUCUAUACAACAGUGAUGAGACCCAGCCAUCUCAGACUAAAGCCCUCAUAGUCGCAGUAUUGGCUCUCGGGGCCCUCGCCACGCCUCACACCAACGUCGCAGAGGAGUUGAUGGCUAGGGCCAAGUACGAAGCGGUCCUAUUCGAUGACACCGUCAGCCUGCCAAUGAUCCAGUUCUCGCUGCUGAUGGCAGAGUACCAGACCAGCAUGGGCAGGCCAAACCUGACGUACCUCAUGCUCGGCACCGCAUCCAGGAAGGCCUUUGCGCUGGGUCUGCACCGCGAGGCAGCCAACUCUCUGACACGGUCCGAGGACGCGGAGAAGUGCCGCACGACGCUAUGGUGUCUGUACUUCAUGGAGAGCUGGUACAGCAUGAUGGUCGGGCGGGAGAGCAUGAUGAAGAUGUCGGACAUCUCGUCGCCGUUCCCCGAGAACCAGCCCUUCAUCGUGACCCUGAGCCGCCUGGCAUACAUUGGCGAGCAGUGCUCCAAGACGAUAUACAACACACACCGCUACGACUCGCUGCGGAAGCUCUUCGUCGCGGCAGAGGACAUCCACGCCCAGCUGCGGGACUUUGCGAACAAGCACGGCAUCGGGUCCGCGGGCCUGGACACCAGCGGGCUGCCCCCGGGCGGCGAGCACCCGCUCAAGCUGCUGCUGCACAACCUGUACUACCACACCAUCCUGCUGACGUUCAGGCCGUUCCUGGUGGCGGACUACGCGCUGGCGUCGAGCCCGUCGCAGGACGCGGCGAGCGCCAUGUGGCUGCGGCAGGCGUGCCGGCAGGCGACCAACACGGCGCAGGACUGCAUCAUGUACUGCUACUCGCAGCUGCAGAAGGACGAGGUGGCGCGGACGUCGCGGUACCACGGCUUCUUCCUCGAGUCGAGCUGCGCCGUGCUCUUCUUCGACAUCCUGCGCCACCCGAGCAAGUACGCCUACAACAUCGAGUUCAUCCAGAUGGCCAUCGCCAGCGUCAACCUCAUGAUCGACGACGAGCCCGUCACCAACGCCCGCAACUCCCUCAGGAAGAUCCUGCGCGUCGUCGAGGAGACCAUCUCCAAGCAGAAGAUCGCCGGCACCACCACGGCCACGACGAGCGGGCUCCCGGCCUUCACCGACCCCUUGCUCCAGACGGCGCCCAACCCCUCGUCCCUCGCGCCCUUCAUGAACGGCGGCCAGGACCACGCGCAACAUCAUCGCCAUCACUCCCACCAACGCCAACUGCAGCAGCACCAGCAGCACCAACACCACCAACACCACCAACAACACCAGCACCAGCAGCACCAACAAUACGGCACGAUCCAGUUCCCCUCCCUGCACGCCCCACCCUCGUCCGCAAACCAGCUCAUCUACUUCAGCGACCUGCCCGGAUCCCUGGGCGGCGGCGGCGGCAACAACAACAGCACCGACACGUCGAUGGGAAACACGCCGCUCGGGAUGACGGGGGGCACGGGAGGCCUGGGCGGAGGAGGAGGGGGAGACGCAGACGCGUUCGGCGGGGCCGGCGGCGAGGGGCUGGACCCCCUGACGCACUUCCACUACGACGUGCUGACGACGGACCUGUUCAGCUUCUUCCCGCUCAACAUGACGCCGCCGUCGGCCAACGGGAGCACUGCUGAUGCCGCCGCCGCGGGGAUGGGGGAGUGUCCUCUCGGGAACGGGAGCCCGGGGACGUGAUUGCUGCGGGCGGCUGACACUUGGGGUGUGGUCUGUCGUGGGCAGAUUUUGAGGGAAGAAAAGUUCUAUUGGGUUCUCGUGAAGUGGUGACGGACGGCCUUUGAAUUCGCACAGCCUCAUUGCUGUUCAUCUCGACAGGUCAACGUAGUUCCGAUGUCACGUUCACCAGCUGUGCUCAUGUCGUUGAGGUUGGCGAUGUUUAUCUCAAGCACUUGAAAUUCCUGCUUUAUAUUCCUGCUUUGUGGCCUAGUCGAGUUCUUCUUGUAGGAUAGUUGUUGAACCCAAGAACAUAUAAUAAGGCGAGCAGAUGCGCAGAUGCGGUCUCGAAUAGGGCAUGGGCGCGGCUGAUGCGCCUGCUCUCACGUAUUGAUAUGAAAGCCA